AUGGAAUUAUUGGAUUUUCUAAUGGAAUGUGCUAAAAUCGAAAGAACCAUUGAAAUAAGUAGAUAGUUUUUAAUAAAAUUCCCUACUUUUCAUCCUUAUCAAGCUUUUAAAUAAAUUGAUCAACUUAAUGAUGUAUUAUAUUAGUUAUGACAUUUAGGGUUAUAUUACAGCAUAGACAAUUUAAGUUUUUCUACAUCGAUUUGGUUAUUUGCAUACACUUAAGGAAUGUGGUAUAUUAUUCUACAAACCAGAAUUUAAAUAUGUAGACUUUUUAAGAUUUCUACUUCCAACAAAUCAACUGUUAAGAGAUUAUAUCUCUCACUCAGAUUAACAAUCCUAAUAAUCUAAUGAAUGCUUAAAGGAAAUAGCAAAACAUAUUAGCUUAGAAAUUGUUUUAAUGAAUAAUUUACAACCUCCCUAAUCAUUAGAUUAAUUAACUGAUGGAACUAGAGAAGAUAUUGAAUAAUUAUUUAAAAAGGAAAGACUAUUUGUAUAUUAAGAUGAGAUUGAUGCAAUGAUAAAGAGAUUAGACUUUUAUGGUGAUGGUUAAAUUGAUUUAUUAUUGUUAAAUAAUUGGGUACUUAUCCUAAAUAAAUAAACUCAAAUAAAAUAAUAAAAAGAAUCUUGUUCUGUAUUUGUUACUCCUAAAAAAUAAAUACAAUUUUAGAAUUCAAUUAAAACAACAGAAAAAAAAGAAUCUAAGAAUAACACAAUUAAAUUAAUAAAAUAAUCUCCUUAAAAAAGAAAUCAAAUACAAAUGUAAAAAUCUAAAAAAUAAGUGAUGGCUUGUUAAAAAUAAAAAUAAGAUAAUAAAACAAAAAUGACUUAAAAUAAAUAAGAAGUUGAAACUGAAAAGAAAAAGAUUAUAGAAGUUUAAAAAAAUAAAAAGAAUAUUAAUACUUAAACAAAAAAUAAAUCAAAAUAACCUUAAGAAAUUAUUGAAUAUUUAUUAGACAAAGAAAUAAAAAUAGAAAAAAUAAAACAAUAGUUAGCUUUGUAAAAAGAUUUUAAUACUUUGGAUGCAUUUCGAGCAUUAGAUGUUUAUAGUAAAGGAUCAAUAGGAAUUGAAGAAAUUGACACUCUACUUAAUUAAAAAUCAGGUUAAAGUAUUCAGAUUUUUAAGAGAUUCAACAAUAACUAAUUAACAUAUCAUGAUUUUUUAUAUCUUCUAUAACCUUAUUCUGCUAAUUUUGCUGAAAUACUUAAUACCAGAUAACCAAAUAUUGAUGGAAAUAAGAAAAAGAUAAGUAAACUAUUUAGCUAUUAAACUAUAAAAUUACUCAUUGAUCUAUUAAAUUUAUUGUAAUAAAUUCCAGUAAAAUUAAAUGCUGAUAUUUAAUUAUUCAAUAAAAUUGAUGGUAUUACAAGAGAUAAUUUUAUUGGAGUUUCAGAUGUAUUGUAUUUUUAUUAUAUUUAGCUUUAAUAAUAUCUUUAUGAAAGUGGACUUAGAUACACUCAUCAUGAAGCAAUACUUCUUAUAAAUGCCUAUGAUAAAGACAAAGAUGGUAGAUUAUCAUUACAAGAAUUCUUAGAUAUGUGA